AUGGUUUACCCAGACUCGUUCCAAGGAUUUAUGGUAGAGGGGCACUCUACAUGGAGUGACUUUAAGAAACGCGAGUUUCAACCGAAACAAUUUGAAAGCCAUGAUGUGGAUGUUGAGAUUGAGGCAUGCGGCGUGUGUGGAAGUGAUGUGCACACGCUCACUGGCGGGUGGGGACAAGCAAGCUUUCCACUUUGCGUCGGUCAUGAAGUGGUUGGAAGAGUUGUACGUAUUGGAACUGAGGUCACCACCGUCAAAAUUGGCGAUAGAGUCGGCGUGGGUGCUCAGGUAUGGGCAUGCUUGGAAUGCAAGGUUUGUAAGGCUGGACAAGAAAACUACUGUCCCCAUCAAAUCGGUAAAUCCCCCCUCUUGGAACAGCAGAUUAAAACUCUAUUUAACGAAAUGGAAGAUACCUAUAACGCCAAAUACCCAAACGGUGACGAAGCUCAAGGGGGAUAUGCGAGCCAUAUCCGAGCCCAUGAAUAUUUCAUCUUCAUCAUCCCCGACAACAUUCCCUCGGAAUUGGCAGCUCCAAUGAUGUGUGCUGGUCUUACAUCCUACAGUCCACUUGCACGAGGGGGCUGCGGACCGGGAAAAAAGGUUGCGAUUCUUGGAAUUGGAGGCCUAGGGCAUUUUGGUAUUCUCUUUGCCGCUGCUCUGGGGGCAGAUACCUAUGCCAUCUCUCAUAGCCCCCACAAAAAGGCGGAUGCUCUGAAAUUGGGAGCGAAGGAAUUCAUUUGUACGAACAACCCGGACUGGGCCAAACCGUGGCAGUUUACCUUCGAUUUCAUCUUGAACACCGCCGAUAUGACCAAUGUCUUCAACUUGAAGGAUUACAUGAGCACACUCGCUGUGAACGGGACUUUUCAUCAUGUGGGGUUGCCAGACAAACCUCUCCCGGAAAUGAAGGCUCAGGAUUUCUGCCCAAAUGGCGCCGCUAUGUCAGGAAGUCACAUCGGUAACAGAGACGAGGCUUUUGCUAUGUUGAAUCUUGCUAGCAAGCUCAAUAUCAAGAGCUGGGUGGAGUGCAUUGAUAUUGGCGAGGCAGGAUGCAAAGAGGCUGUCCAAAGAGUGAAGAAGAACAAUGUCAAGUAUAGAUUCACUCUGGUGAACUAUGCAACAGCAUUCAAGGGCUAG